CGGAUGAACAAUCAUAUAGUGCUAUUCAGCCUCAUGCUUAGCAUUCCAUGGUAGUUCCUCAAUCUGGUUACAAUGUCAUCAGUUGUACCUUAUCAUGAGCCCAUCGAUAUGCGUUAGACACGCAACUAGGAGGAAAUGACUACCUACCCAGCUUUUGAUUCUACUAAAUCUUUCCAUUUCGUAUCUGCAUUCCACAGGAUAUGGCUACAACUGAAGAAUCUACCCCAGUCACUCCUCAAACGGAAAACACAAGUAUGGCGGCCCAGAAAAUCUGCAUCCCUGAACUUUUGGAGACGAUUCUUCUACAGCUGGAUAUGCGCACUUUGCUCGUAUCUGCUCAAAGAAUCUGUCGUGCAUGGCACACCCUCAUCAAAGACUCCAGCUCUCUCUAGACUUUACUGUUCUUCAAACCCGCCACCGAACUGUUCACGCCCGAGCUAAGGACACGGGCAAUGUCUGAGGAUAACCCACUGCUUUCCUAUAUAU